GUAGUAUUCGCAAGCAAAGCGAGGCGAUCCAUCUCGCCAUGGCGAUGAGUGACACUGGCUCGAGCUUAGCGCAGUGGGCGGGGCUGUACAACGACGACGAGCCUAGCCUGGGCGCCGCGGCGGCGGCGGCGGCUGUUCACGGAGACGGGGCGGAUGGCGGUGGCGUGAUGGCGAACGGCGCGGCGGCGGCGAGCCCGACGUCGGGCGGGUCCGGCGGGAGCCCGACGCGCGCGGCGCCGGGGGUGGAGGGGCCCCGCGUCGGGAAGCCGGCGAGGCGGCGGUCCAGGGCGUCGCGGCGGGCGCCCGUGACGCUGCUCAACACGGACACCACCAACUUCCGCGCCAUGGUGCAGCAGUUUACCGGCAUCCCCGCCCCGGCCGCGGGGGCGUUCGCCGGGCCCGGCGGCGUGCCGGUCAUCAACUUCGGCGCCGACUACGGCUUCCCGGGCGCCGCCGUCAUGCCGUUCGACACCCUCCGCCCGCGGCAACCGACGUUCCAGGACCACCACCUCCUCCUCCGACCGCAGCAGCAAUACACCGGCGCACCGUUCGGCUACAGCAACCUUCAAGCCGGCGCCGGCCACGGCGACGUGUUCAGCCACGCGCUCAGCUCGGCGGAGGACCGGUUGCUCCUGCAGAGCCUGCAGUCAGCUCAGAUGCCUACCUCCACCGCUAACCACACCGCUAAUGGCUUCUUCGCCUAAUUAACUCUAACUCCUCCAUGGAAGAGAUCAUCCUACCAGAGCGAAGCUGAACGCCACAAUCAAAGAAAGAUUCACCGGCUGUGUUUUAGUUUAACCCUAUAAAUUAGUUAAUGUACUCUCUCUUUGCGUGCUCAAUUUCCUUCUUUUCUUUCUUUCUUUCACAUUUUGUUGUUAAGUGAGAUCACUAAAGUCGAUCAGCGAUGUAAAUACUAAUUUUGCUUGAAUUUGAUUUCACAGUCUUGGCAUGGUCA